GUGUCGUGCAGCCAUUGAUUUGUGUUUCUUGUUUUCAAAUCUCCAGAAGGCUUUUUCUCUGUUUUUAUGACAGCUACUACUGGUUCGUGACCGUUUUGUGCUGGGAGACGUCUCAGGAAACCAGUCCUCGCCAAUAAAGCGGUCCUGGAAACUGAGGAAAAAGCAAAACAAACCAAGGACCGUAAAUCUUUGUCGUCGCAGAAAUAAAGAUCGUCCCGUUAAGGAAAAAAGACGACGGCAGAAAACGAGGAUUCACGUCGUUUUGGUGUAUUUCAGGUGGAAACCGCCCAUGAAGGACAAACGUGUUUGUACUUCUGUCUUACAGGGAAGCCAUCGGAGGGAGAGCGAGGCUUCAACAAUUUGGAAGCUCGUCCGGGAUCGACUGAGACGUUGAUAACCUCUGAACCGGCCUCAAAAUCGGACCGCACGCAAAGGGACAGCGGACACGGGUCGACCCCUGAUCAAAAGUUUCAUACAACUUGAAUAGAAAAAGACCAGAGGAUUCAGCGUCGAUGCCCUAAAAGCUGAAAAACCUGCACAUCCAUCUGAGUUGCAGAGGAGGAGUGUGAACAUGAGGAUCAAAAGUGUGCCAGGGAUGCGUCCAAGGACCAGUAUUGGACCAGAUGAAGCCAGAGGACUCGGUUUCGUGUCCCCUAUACCUGCCCCGUCGGAGCUGCUGCGGACACAACACAGGAAAGACCUCAUACUACUUCGUCAAGAAGGAGUCCCCUGGAAUGCAGGUUUCCACCAGCAGGACCCAGAGUUCUUCAUCAUAAAGGUGGAGGAGGACGAGCUCUGGACCAGUCAGAGGGGUGGAGAGCAUCUUCAUGACCGUAAGGAUACAAAUGUCCCUAGACCCCCUUUCACACCUGUUCCUGUGAAGAGUCCAAAAGAUGAAGAAAAACCUCAGUGCUCCGUCCUUUCAGCUGAAAUCAAAGCCGAAGACACGGCGGACAAAAGAACUGAGGCCAGCAGCCCAGUUAAACAGAUAAAGAUAGAAACUGAUGAGGAGGACUGCGGAGGACCAGAACCAGAACCAGAACCAGUCGAGGAUCCAGACCCCAAUAGCCCUUCACAACCAGAAACUGUUAAAGAGGCUCCAGAGUCUCCUGAGAGUGAAGUCAACGGUGGAGAAGAAGCUGACAAUAUCGCGAAGGAGGGAACGUCACCUGAGUCAGGCAUAACUGAAGAUGUAGGAGGCAACACUGCUAAGAAGUUCUUCAGCUGCUCCAAGUGUGAUAAAAUGUUUUCUCGCAAGUACACUCUAAAGAAACACAUGCAAAACCACGAUGACGGUAAAGAACUCGUCUGUGGUACGUGUGGAAAAACAUUCACUCGGCAUGGAAGUCUAAUAAUGCAUGUCAGAGCCCACUCCAGGGUGAAGCAAUUUGACUGCAAAGUUUGUGGAAAAACGUUCAUAUACCAGACCAACUUUGACACGCACAUGAAAACCCACAAUGGAGAAAAGAAGUCUUUCGAUUGUGACGCUUGUGAGAAGAGUUUCCCCACGAUGACGGGGCUUAAGGUGCACGUGAAGGUUCACGCGGCAGGCAGACCAGAGGGCCGGCGCUGCAAAGAAAAAAAUACAAAAAAAAAGGGGGAGAACGACAAGGGCUACUGCUGCGAUGUCUGCGGCAAAACAUUUGUGAAAAAGAGGGAUCUGAUUGCACACAUAAGAGUCCACACCGGAGAGAAGCCCUUUACCUGCAGUGAGUGCGGGAAAUGUUUUAGCCAAAAGGCGGCACUCAGGAGACACAUCAAAGCACACAGGGGAGAAAAACUGCACAGCUGCGAUUAUUGUGGGAAAACAUUCAGUCAAAACUCGAAUCUGAGGUUACACCUGAGGGUCCACACUGGUGAAAGUCCUUACGCGUGUCAAGUUUGCCCUAAAAGGUUUCACUCUACGAUUGACUUGAGAAAACACCAGAGGGUCCACACGGGAGAGAAGCCGUUCGUGUGCAAGGAAUGCGGAAGAAGAUUUGCCCAGAGGUCAAAUAUGACGUCACACAUGAGGCUCCACACGGGGGAGAAGCCUUUCAGCUGCAACAUCUGCGGUAGAAAGUUUUCUAAAGGCGUACACGUUCGGAGACACAUGCGAGUCCACACAGGAGAAAAACCGUUAAGCUGCGACAACUGCGGAAAAAGAUUUAGCGAUAAUAGAGGUCUAACAAAGCACAUGCUGAUCCACAACGGAUAGACACUGUUGGCAGGGUUAUGCAGCAGGCGGCUUGGCGUGGUAAACCAGAAUAAAAUAAGUAGACACCGCACAAACGGAGAUAACAGAACUUCAUACAGACAGUCUUUUGUUUCACUCGAUUCACAACUGAAGUCAGCUGUGGAUGCG